GCUAAAUAGUUCCCAUAAUACUAAAUUGAAGUGAAUCAGCCAAAUAUCAAAUAUGCAGUGCACCACAAAACACGUUUUCCGUCACUCGCACAGUUAUUUGAAAUUCCCUUAACAGUUGCAACAAUAAAAAGUUGCAGUCGAUAGUAUCAAAGCGAGGCACCACGCAGAAUAAUAAAUUAAAGGUAUGAGUUCAGUAUUGUAGAACAUCUCGAGCAGCCGACAGUGUUUCAGGGGUCGAUAUGGGGAUGAUAACUCCCUCUUCAAUAGACACGAGUUAUUUACGUUUCAAUUUCAAGUGCAUGACUUUAAUGGGUUUGUGGAAUCCAUAUGAAACUGGUGUGAAGUACUGGUUCUAUCAAACUUAUACGAUGUGGAUGAUAGGUGUUAUUCACAUAAUGAGAACAAUGAGUACAUUUUCGCGAUCACUCUCUGCUGAUACUCCAUUAUUUUUCAUCCAAGAAAGCUCGAUAUUUGCCGCAGAAAUAGCGGACAUAAUCAAGUGUUUAGCUUUCAUGUAUCACCGAGUGGAGAUAUCGGAGUUGUCUAGCUUGUUCAGUUGGGAGAGGCAGAUGAUAAGUGGUGAAGAAUUGAAGCAUCGACGGGAUCAAGUACUCAAAGACUCUCUAUUCGCAUCUAAAACAUUUACCAUUGUCAUCAUAAUAUCCGGAAUACAAUACUUUGCCUUUUACUUUUACUCUGCCCUAAUGCAAUGUGAUCAUCAAAUGGAGAAGCUUCCUAUAGGAUCAAUACCAAUGAAGUACUUAAUAGUCUCCACCAAAUUCUGGCCCGUCUUCAUUAUGGACUAUCUAUCAGCUACUGCACUCGGAAUUAUUGCUCUGUCUCAAGACGCCUUCCUCAUGGGGGCCAUGAUAAAUAUAUCAGCACAAUUGAAGAUUCUGAAUCUUAGGCUGACGUACUGUCACGUUUCACAUAAGUCUGAGGACGACUGCAGCAACGAUCAUUCGAAUUUAGGUGUUGCAGCAAUUCAGAAUCAAUCGGCAGCUCUCAAGGCGAAUGAUGAGCUACUCAAUUGUAUAAAAUUUCAUCAGCAAAUUGUGAGAAUGUUGAAGCUGUUUAAAUCAAUUUAUAGUAUUGUACUUUUACCACAAAUUUUUAUCAGUCUGAGUAUGACAGUUCUUCAGCUACAACUGAUUCUGGGAGAACAACAAAAUAGUACGGAUACACUCAUCGCAUCUGUAUUUCUUCUCGGAGUUGUGAUACAAUUACUAGCAUUUUGCUGGGGUGGAAAUAUUAUUCUCGUGGAGAGCGAAAAAACGAGUUAUUCGAUUUAUGCAUCGCAGUGGUACAAUGAGGACAGAGUAUUUAGGAAUAAUUUAAAGAUAUUCCUCGGAGCUGUUCACAAUCCUCUCACAGUCACUGCCGGUGGUCUCAUUGAAUUGACAGCUGAGACUUUUAAAAAUAUACUCACAAAAGGAUAUUCGGUUGCUGCGGUACUGAAAAAUGUUAAUUAAUGUAUUUGAAACCAGGUAAGAGCGAAUUAAAACUGAUUCGCUGGAAUGAGCAACACUGACAAUCUUGCUACGUAUGCAAUUCUCUCA